AUGUCUGUUGUGGGCAUUGACCUGGGCACGCUGAACACUGUUAUCGCUGUCGCAAGGAAUCGAGGUGUCGACGUGAUCACAAAUGAAGUCUCCAACCGCGCUACUCCCUCUCUGGUAGGCUUCGGCCCCAAGAGCAGGUACAUCGGCGAGGCCGCGAAGAACCAGGAAAUCUCCAACCUCAAGAACACCGUCUCGUCCCUCACCCGCCUCGCCGGCCGCACUCUGAACGACCCCGAUGUACAGCUCGAGAAGGACUUUGUGUCGGCGCCGCUCGUCGAUAUCAAUGGCCAGGUCGGCGCCGAGGUCACGUAUCUGGGGAAGAAGGAGAGGUUCACCGCCACCCAGCUGGUGGCCAUGUUCCUCACCAAGAUCAAAUCAACCGCCUCCGCCGAGCUGAAGCUCCCCGCGUCCGACGUCGUCCUCAGCUGUCCUGUCUGGUACACUGACUCGCAAAGACGGGCUAUGCUCGAUGCCGCCGACAUUGCCGGGCUGAAAUGCUUGCGGUUAAUCAACGACACUACGGCCACUGCGCUCGGCUACGGCAUCACCAAGCUGGAUCUUCCCGGGCCCGAGGAGAAGCCCAGGCGGGUCUGCUUCAUCGACAUCGGCCACAGCAACUACACGUGUGCCAUCGUCGAAUUCAGGAAAGGCGAGCUGGCAGUCAAAUCCACGGCGUGGGAUCGCCACUUUGGUGGGCGCUACUUCGACAAGGCCAUGACUGACCAUUUCGCCAGGGAGUUCAAGGAAAAAUAUAAGAUUGACAUCAACGAGAACCUCAAGGCCCGCUUCCGAGUCGUGGCCGGUGUCGAGAAGGUGAAGAAGAUCCUCUCGGCAAACAGCGUCGCUCCCCUGAACGUUGAGUCCGUCAUGAACGAUGUCGACGUCCGAGGCAUGCUGAAGCGCGAGGAACUGGAAGAGCUGGUCAAGCCCUUGAUUGACCGUGUAACAGUACCAAUCGAGCAGGCACUCGCCGAGGCGAAGCUGAAGGUGGAGGACAUCGACGUCAUCGAAAUGGUCGGUGGCUGCACUCGUGUUCCCGCCCUGAAGACGGCCAUCCAGAACUUCUUCGGCAAGUCGCUCUCCUUCACCCUCAACCAGGACGAAGCAGUCGCUCGAGGGUGCGCCUUCAGCUGUGCAAUUCUGUCUCCCGUCUUCCGAGUCCGAGACUUCUCCGUCCACGACAUGGUCAGCUACCCGAUCGAGUUCACUUGGGAGAAGUCGGACGACAUACCCGACGAAGACACCAGCUUGACGGUCUUUAACAAGGGCAACGUCAUGCCUUCUACCAAGAUAUUAACCUUCUACCGAAAGCACGCCUUCGACCUUGAAGCCAAGUACGCCAAGCCAGAGUUGCUCCCCGGCAAGACGAACCCCUGGAUCGGACGGUUCUCAGUCAAGGGAGUCAAGGAAGACUCCAAGGGUGACUUCAUGAUUUGCAAGCUGAAGGCACGACUCAAUGUGCACGGUGUGUUGAAUGUUGAGUCUGGAUAUUAUGUCGAGGAGACGGAGGUCGAAGAACCAAUCCCCGAGCCUCCAAAAGAGGAAAAGAAAGAUGGUGAUGUACGUUUUUCCGAUUCUCCUGCUUCUUCUGUCGUUCGUGCAAGUCCCGGCGAUCAGUCCGAUGGCCCUCAACCCGAACCUAUUGCAAAAAGACAAAAGCGUACUGAUUCUGUUCCUGCGGUACAUGCCACUGCAUCUUUGCCUGACUCACACAAGCUAACAUUUUCUAAACUACAGGCAAUGGACGUUGAUGCAAAAGACACCAAGGACGAGAAGCCCAAGAUGCGGAAGGUUAAGAAGCAACAGAGGAAAGGCGACUUACCCCUGUCUGCAGGCACGGCGUCAAUGGACCAGGCGACCAAGGAUGCUGCAACCGAGAAAGAGAAUCAGAUGAUCAUGGAGGACAAGCUGGUCGCCGAUACCGAGCACCAGAAGAAUGAACUCGAGUCCUUCAUCUACGAGCUCAAGGAUAAAAUCCUUGGCGUAUAUUCAGAGUUUGCCAGCGAUGACGAGAAAUCCAAACUCUCCGCCAAGCUCGAGACAAUUGAGGACUGGCUAUAUGAGGACGGCGAAGAUGCCACCAAAGCCCAAUACAUCGGCAAAAUGGAAGAGAUCCGCUCGGUCGCGGGUCCUAUCAUCCAACGCUACAACGACAAAAUCGAGGAGGAGCGACAAGCAGUCCUCCAAAAGCAGCACGCUGCUGCAGCCGCAAAACAAGCCGAAAUCGAGCGGAAAAAGCGAGAGGAGGAGGCUAAGAAGCAGGCGGAGGCGCCGCCGGAGAAGCCUGAUGCGGAGAUGCCGGAUGCGGAUGCGGUGAAGCCGGAUGAGAUUGAGGAGCCUUCUGCUUAG